AUAUAGCGGCAGGUUGCCCUAUAAAUAUUUCUCAAGCUUUCUUGAGCUAUUGCUUAUUCAAUUGCGUGAGUCAUCUCUUAUCAAUAAUGGAAAUAUCUUGGGUUUUCAUAGCGUUUGGCGCAUGGCUACUAGCAUUAGCUUUUCUCUCAAAAAUAUUAAACCAUCCCAAAAGGAAACUACCACCAGGACCAAGGCCAUGGCCAAUUAUUGGCAAUUUGAACCUUCUUGGUUCACUCCCACAUGAGUCUUUGCACCAUCUUUCACAAAAAUAUGGAGAUUUAAUGCUCUUAAAGUUCGGUUCGAAGCCUGUUUUGAUAGCAUCAUCUCCAGAAAUGGCUAAAGAGAUAUUGAAAACACAUGAUGCUAUUUUUGCUUCUCGUCCUUUAUUAGCUGCUGGUAAGUAUACUAGCUAUAACUACUCAGACAUGACAUGGGCACCUUAUGGAGCACACUGGCGUCAAGCUAGAAAAAUCUACCUAACUGAGAUAUUUAAUCCUAGGAGGCUUGAUUCAUUUGAGUAUAUUCGUGUUGAGGAAAGACAAACUUUGAUUUCUCGUCUUUUUCCUCAUUCAGGAAAACCAAUUUUCCUUAAAGACCAUUUACCUCGAUUUACUCUUCGCACUAUAAGUAGAUUCGUUAUGAGUGACAAAUAUUUUAGUGAUCAGUCAAACUCAGAUGUUUCAAUAAUAACACUUGAAACACUACAAAGGAUGCUCGAUGAAUGGUUUAUUCUUAGUGGGGUGAUUAAUCUUGGAGAUUGGGUACCUUGGCUUAGUGUGUUCGACUUGCAAGGAUAUGUAAAACGAAUGAAGACAUUAGGGAAAGAUUUCACACAUUUUUACAAAUAUGUACUUGAAGAUCACAAGGUUACAAAGAGGCAAAUUGAGGAGGAUUAUGUUCCUAAGGACAUGGUUGAUGUUCUUUUGAACCUUGCUGAUGAUCCUAAUCUUGAAGUUAAGCUUACUUCCGAUAGACUGAUGGGAUUAAUACAUGAUUUGAUAGCUGGUGCAACAGAUACAUCAGCAGCAACAGUAGAAUGGGCAUUUCAAGAACUUUUGAGGAGACCAUACAUCAUCGACAAGGUACACCAAGAACUUGACAGAGCUAUCGGAAAAGAACGAUGGGUAGAAGAAGAGGACUUCUCUCAGCUACCUUAUAUAGAAGCCAUAAUCAAAGAGACAUUUAGACUUCACCCUUUAUGUGCAUUGCUUCCUCCCCAUUACUCUAUUGAGGAUUGUAAUGUUGCUGGUUAUGACAUACCGAAAGGGACAACUGUUUAUGUAAAUGCAUGGUCCUUAGGAAGAAAUUCAAAGUAUUGGGAUAGGCCAGAAGAGUUCAUUCCAGAAAGAUUCAUAGAAAAUAACAUAGAUAUUAAAGGGCAAAGUUUCACAUUGUUGCCAUUUGGUUCCGGAAGGAGGAGGUGUCCGGGGUAUAACCUUGGUAUGAAGGUUGCACAAACUACAAUGGCUAACUUGUUGCAUGGAUUUAAUUGGAAAUUAGCCGGAGAUAUGAAGCCAGAAGAUAUAAGCAUGGAAGAAAUUUAUGGAUUGACUACACACCCAAAUAAGCCUAUAUCUGUGAAUAUGGAACCAAGACUUCCUCUCCAUCUUUAUUAGGAUUAGUACUUUAUUGUGGUCUUAUCAAUUUAAGUCGUAUGCUAGCAUUAAGUUAAAAUAAAAUUGUACUUUUUGAUGAAGCAACACCACACUAUUUGCUUCAUCCUAUAGAAAUCUAGUGCAGGUAUACUAAUACCUUUUAAUUACCCACAAGUCCUGUCCCAUUUAAUUAGUUUUCUUUUUAUUUUUUUAUUUUACUUUUUGUAACAUUCCCUAAAAACGUUGUAUAUGAUAUUUCAAUUCUCGCCUAAAUAUGAU